CCGAGUUGCAGCUGAUAACGGAGUAGCAGGCAGCGAUAAAUACUCCAGGCGCGCAGUUUCGCUCAUUACUCCACGAUGGCCAAUAUGUGGUUCGGUAUUCUCUCCCUGGUGGUGGUAGUAUGCAGUGCUUCAGGGGCGAACCUGCGGCCAAAAGCACCUUGCUCCCCCCCCUUUAAGGAAGUGGGUACGAAUAAAAAGUGUGUUCUUGUGAAUAACCUUAACGUUGGGACCUGGAACGACAUGCAACACUACUGCUCACUUCUAUCAGCAAGUCUGGUCAAACUCGACAACGCGACGGACUUCGCUGAUAUUGUACAGUAUAUCAAAAACGAAGGUAAGAACCACUUCUCAUGGCCGAAGUAGGAGUUUUUUUUAGGG